AUGGCCGCUUCUCAACCAUAUGAAGCCGAAGUUAGCGGUGGUGAAGAUAACAUCUCCAUCGUCAGCUUCGAUGAUCUGCCUUCCAGGACUAGAUCUGAUUCCAGAUCUGUUCCUUUGCCCCAAAUGGGCGGCUACCCGUAUCCUCCUCCUCCGCCCAGGGUAUGGGAUGAUCCUGAUAGCCUCUACCCAAAGAGAGUAACCCUCGAGAUCAACGGCAAGGUCCCAGAUGUCCUUCAUGUCGUCGAGUAUCUUGAUACGAGGGACCAGGUCAUAAAACGUCGACAAAGCACUCGGCCCUUCAAGACCAUUCCCCCAUUCUCUCGCAACCGUGAAGAAGGUGAUGCCGAUGGCGAGAAACUUAAUGAGAAGCCUGUGAUAGAAAUCGUCACAGAGGUCUUUCCCGUGAGAAGCACCAGACCCUACAAUCGUCACCCUCAUCCCCCACGCAACCAAGAAGACAGACCUAUCACCGACGUGUUCGAGGGAUCUGGCCUCCGAUAUGAUGAUGGUCCUAUGGAUGGAGAUCGAGAAGUCGACUCCUAUGUUCCUCGCAUCUCUCGCCCCUUCAUGAACAUCCACUCAGCUCAUCUCAUCAAUGCUCUCAAGGCUGUCGUGACCUAUUACCCCAAGUUUAAUCUUGAAGGCAAGACAGUCGAGGUUGAUGCACCUUAUCAGGUUCUGUAUCAUCAUAGGCAAGAGUUGGCUCAUUACAAGGAUCAUCAGCCGGCAGCCCAUACCUCUGAGUAUGCUGCCACCACUGCUAAUCAUAUCGACCUCCUACUUGAGUUCCUUGAGGACAACCUUGGCGAAGAGAUUCGUCGUGAGGAAGAACGCCAUAAACUCGAGGUUCCUAGGGCCACUUUCGACCUCUUUUGGCUUCUCCUCAAGCCCGGCCAAGUCUUCUACGCCAAACGUCAUGAUAUCUGGGCUCCAUACGUCGUCAGCAGUGUUAGAAAUGGCCAGAAUGUGAACACUAGUUCACGAGAUGCAUACAAGGUCAACUGCUGGAUGCUCGAGUCCAACGGUACAAAAGUCAAUCGGUACAUGUAUAGUUUCGAUCUCUCUCCAUGGAUUGGUGAGCAGGAAAUUGGCGGGCUUUCCGUCAUUCCUAUGGCCUUUUGGCCCGAGGAUCUGGAAGCCCAAGGUGGAGUGACAAUGAAGGAGAAGAACAUAGCACUUGGAAAGCUGUAUUGGGAAUUACUGAAGCGCCCUACAUACAUGGACUAUGAGGGUCUUCUUGUAAACUCUGGUACGACUCAUCGACAGUCCCGGGGUCCAACUGGAUUCAUGAGCGGCCGUGUCAUCUGCGACGCUCCUGGAUUCGACAGUUUCUAUUUUGAUGGAACAGAUGAUAUCCGCCGCGGCCGAUACAGGGGCCCCCCAAGACAGAACUCUGCGGUCUAUCCGUCUAAGGACUAUCUGCCUCGAAACCUCCCACGUUGUGGUUGCGACGUCUGUAUGGAUGAUCGCUCAAACCAAGACUCGGAUGGACCCUACAGAGGCUUUGAGGAUCUUGACCCAACUAAAGAUUCUCCGCCAGAAAGCGAUUUGUUCUACCUCGUCUGUAGCAAGACUAUGCCGGGAUUCAUUCUUGGCGAUCGGCGCUGGGGUCACUUGAGCAUCGCUAAUUUGAAGCCUGUCAAAACAGACAAAGAAGCUUUCAAGUAUCUUGUUCUUGACGAUGAAGUCAAGAUGACUGUGAAGGCUCUUAUUGGCAAGUUUGCAACUGACAUGGGUGAAGGAAGAGUGUCACCCUGGGGUAACGACUUUGUUAAGAAUAAGGGUGAGGGCAGAAUCUUCCUCCUUCACGGUGCUCCGGGUGUCGGAAAGACAUGCACUGCUGAGUGCAUCGCCGAGCUGACCAACCGACCUCUCAUUUCCCUCACUAGCGGUGAUCUGAGUGUCGACUCUUAUCACGUUGAGAGCAACCUUAGCUAUUUCCUUGAAUUGGGUCAACGCUAUGGUGCCCUUGUGCUUCUUGACGAAGCCGACAUCUAUCUCGAACGUCGUCGUUCUUCAGACAUCAAGAGAAAUGGCCUGGUUUCGGUAUUCCUCCGAGCCCUCGAGUACUAUCGUGGUGUCCUGUUCCUUACCACCAACCGUGUUCAAUCAUUUGAUAGUGCCUUCCUGAGCCGCAUUCAUGUCGCCUUGCACUACAAGAGUCUUGGACAUGAGGACCGGGAGCGCAUUUGGAGCCAUAACUUCGAUCGCCUGAGCCGAGAUUCUAAUGGUUUGAUCCAUGUUUCCAGUGCUGCUCGCGACUUUGUCUGGGAGAGCCAAGAGGUUCGCAGCCUCAAGUGGAACGGUCGAGAGAUUCGCAAUGCAAUGCAAACCGCGCUUGCUCUGGCUGAGAACGAAGCUGAAGAAGAGUCUUCCGAGAACAUCACGAUCUGCGUGAAGCACCUUCGGGCCGUGGUGAAGAUGAGUCGUGGCUUCCGUGACUACAUCAAGAAUGCGGUCCCUAUUGAGGGUUUUGAGGACACCGUCGUUGAAUCUGACGAGGAUAGCGAGUGA